AUGAGCCACAUUGUAACGGAACAAAGCAACAAAUGCAACCAAGCCUUAAGAGAACUAAAGGUAAGUAAACAUUUCAGAGAAAUAUUUCAUGAUGGUUCAGAAAAAAAUUUCGAAAGUCAUCCAUUUAAUAGAAGAUUUGCAUAUAGCAAGAAAAGUUUAUUUCCAAUUGAACCUCGAAACUUAAGAACAUUGGGAUUGAACAGACAAAGAAAAAAAAAAAGAGGAAGAGGAGAUAAAUGUCCAGCAAAAGGAAUAAGAGAUAAACAUAAACAUAGAAAAUCGGGGAGACCAAAUAGUCGAACUUUUGAAAGUGGAAGAACUCCAUUAUAUAGAAGGCUACCAAAAUGGCCAGAGGCUUGGUUAAGUAGACAAAGAAAAAAUUAUGAUUGUUUGAAUUUAGCAAAAUUAAGAUAUUUUAUUGAAAAGGGAAGAUUAGAUACUAGGUUUCUUAUUACUCAAAGACAUUUACAUGAUUCCAAAUGUGUAAAAGUUAAAAAUGGAGUUAAAUUAUUCAACGUAAAUGAUUAUCCAUUUCCUUACAAAAUUGAUAUUGAAGUUUCAAAUGCUGAUCAAUCUUCCAUUGACGUUAUUAAGAAAGUUGGAGGUACAGUAACUAUUGUAUAUAUGGAAAGAGUUAAUUUAAGGGCUCAUAUAAAACCAUACAAAUUUGAAAUAUUACCAAAAACGGCCAGACCCAACCUAGACAUGAUUCAUUUUUUGGAAAAAAUGAGAAGUAGGGGAUGUAUUGUUAAGUAUAUAAAACCUUUGUGGUUGAUCGAGGAAGAGAAGAGAAUUAUCAAUGAGCUAACAGAAAUGGAAGAGAGUUCCAAAUUAUCUGAUGGGUUCCCCUUCUCGAUGGACACAAGUGAGAGUUCGAGAGAGCGCAUAAAUGAUGAUGAUGAUGAAGGGGUGCUAAGGGACAGGUUACUGCAGAAGUAUCGGUUGCAGAACACACGCUUCGGGGGGUAG